GUCACAACAUGCCUGCUACAAGUGUAAUGAAGACUUCCCCCAUGAAGUUUGUUUGUUUGUUUAGAUGAUCUUCCCAUCAAGGGAACUCCGGCAAACCUCUCACAAGGGGAUAAAAACACCAAGUUGUUUUGAUUUUUGUGAAAUCUAUUAGCCUGGGACUUCGUUUGGUCUGUGGAUAUUUAUCAACUUUUUGUGGACUCUAACAUCUGGAACUCUGAGUUUCUGGAAGUUUGAUUUAGGGAAGAUACUUUUCAGUGGGAUUUACUGUUGUGAACCAUGCCUAGAAGAGUGAACUCUAAGUUAACUAAGCAGGAUUCCAAUGAUGAUGUUGAUGGUGAUGAAAAUGUUUCAGGGUCUCCUAGGAAGAUGAGGCGAAUGGCAAAUGGUGAAUCUGAUAAGAAUGAGGAGGGUAGUACAUUAGUCGGUGUAAGUCUAACCAGUGAGAUGGGUUGUCAUGGCAACAAGGAGCAUGACUCCGCCCUGGGAUUCAUCUUAUUGGAUGUUGGUAAGAUGGCCGUGCUGGAGAUGAGAGAAGCAAUGCAGAAACAAGUCGAAGCAAUGCCAGCUUCAUUCAGAUUCCUCACCAAACAGGGGUGGCCUGUCACAUCUACCCAGGAAUCUAUGAUUAAAGUCAAACAUCUCAUUAAUGAUGAUGGAGUGGUCCGAAUACAACCAGACUAUGCGGAGCCACGUGUUGGAGUCUCAACAGAGAAAGGGAAGCCACUUGGUUUUGUGUUUGUAUCCACUUUAAGUCUACCAAUUAGUCAACUCAGAGAAGCAAUACUGGCACAACUCGGCGGCAGCCAUCAACUUCCAUCAGGUGAAUGGGUCUUUGUAGAUCGCAAUUUUUGGCCGAUCUGUUCCCAGCAGGAGGAAGCAAUGAAAGUAAUUGACAUACUAUCUGGUGCCUGUGUGAGACUGCACUUUCUAGACUCCUAUGAGAGUGAGACAGAGGUGGAUGGCAAAGGAGGGGACCGAUCUCUCACAGUCAAUACUCCGUUGAACAGAUGCUUGCCCUCCUCACCCCGCAAUAUCAACAACGGUGCUGUGAUGCUUGCCUUAUCUCAUGGUACCUACCAUCGUCCUGUUAGCCCAAUACCUCACGGUGAUUCCUUCCUGACUAAUAAAUCAAUAAGCCACCAAGCCAAGCAGAUUCUGAUUAGUUAUGUACGAGCGGAGGCGUCUCAGUAUGCGCUUGAUCUCAAGAAGGCAUUGGAGGAAUUGAAAUUCAGUGUCUAUCUGGAUGUACACGAAAUAUUUUCAGGGACUGAUUGGCAGGAUAGCCUGAAUUAUGCUGUUACAGAUUGUGAAGUAUUCGUGCCUUUAGUAACACCAAGAUAUGGACAAACGCAAUGGACAAACAGGGAGUUGAAGCUUGCAGAUAUUUUGAACAAGUACAUCGUGCCAGUGUCAUUUGUAGAAACAUGGCCGCCAUGCUGCCUGGCGAUCCAGUUUGCAACGACACAGUUUAUAAACUGGAGACAAGGGAAGCUUGACAGAGAGAAAAUUUUCCGUCUUAUGGCAGACAAAUGUGAGGUUUCCUAUUCGUGGUCCGAGUCCGAUGUCAGCGCAGUCAGUAAAGAUAUUGGAAAAAGAUGCCUCACACAUGCUGGGAGGAAGUUUCAAGAACUGAAGGAAGCAGAUAAAUCUCCAAUUCUUCGCAGUUACCCGUCGGCAUUGCCGCCAGGUCUACCAACCAACAUGACUGUUGUGACUGAGAGCAGAGAGGGCGCCCCAAUGGUGGUCAUAAGCGUACAUCCAAAGCAACAGCAAUUUGGCAACAUUUUGAAGAAGUUAUUCGAAGCACAAGGUUAUGAAGUCUGGUGUACCACAGAGCUUGAUGACAUGUCAAACUGCAGUCAAACCAACAUGACUGAAGACGAUUCCACACUGCCAGUUGAGGAACUGGACUUCCUUGAUAGUGGAAACGGUCCCAAUCCAACCAACCCCAUUGCCGUAUUGCAGAAGAAGGCAGCAGAGGCUGGUGUUAUUGUCUUCAUUCUAUCUAAAGCAUUUGCCGACUCCGACACUUGUAAGGAACAGGUAUAUUACUGUGAGCAACGUAAACGGGUCAUACCAUUGAAGUUUGAGGAGUUUGAGAUGCCAGGAUGGAUGAGUAUGCUGAUUGGCACGAGUCAGUUAGAGGAUGUGCAGAGAGCUGACUAUGAAGCGUCUCUUCUGACGAGGGUGAAGACUGCCCUCAGUCCACAGGAUGACUAUACCGCAGACGCUGACAAAGAAACACAGCUGCAAUCAUGUAUAAGUACUCUUUGUACCAAGCUACCGGGCAGCGAGUGUGUCUACAUCUCGGGGGGCACCAGCUUCUUCUAUGAAAAGAGUAGAGAAAUAUGCAAAGAGAUUGGCAUAUCUUUAGGUAGAUUAGACAAUGUGACUCUCGUUACUGGAGGCUUUGUUGGAGUUGGUGAGACGGUCGCUAAGAGUUUCUUUGAUGAGAGGCAAAGACUAAAUAGGAGAGAGGAUGUUUGGCAUAUACUCCCCGUCCGUGAUGAGCAGGAUCGAAGUCGCCAGGCCAGGCAAAACAAAGACAAAUCAUUUAAGCCAGUAUCGUUUGGUGAGACUGUCUUCAUAGGUGACAGUGUGCGACAAAGAGAGACAAUUGUAUCCAGAGUCUUUGAUAUCUGCAUCUUGAUUGAAGGUGGUCCUGGUGCUGCACAUGAAGCUGAGCAGUUCACAUGGAGCGAUCAUACAGUCAUUCCAAUCAAAUGCACUGAAGGCGCAGCAGGAGGAAAGUUCAAUGUCCCACAGAAGAUCUUUGAGUGUCCCCCGGGCGUAUUACGAGAAGAUUGGAACCAGCUGGCCGAUAAGAAUGGUUCUCCCGCGGCAAUUGGCGCUGCAGUGGCACGCAUCAUUACAGCGCUCCAGCAAGCUGUGGCCGCCCAGAUGACACGACUGAAGACGUUUGUUGAUAGACGUGCCAGCGAUGUUAAGACAUAAUCUCUGUAAUAGUUGUCGGCCAAUAAGUGAUUUAUGCAAGCAUGUGAUUGAGAUGUCUGUAUAAAUGUGACUGCUGCUGAUGAUUGACUGUUCAUGCUGAUUGAAUCUGGGAUAUUGCUUUAUAGCUGUCACAAACUGAAGAGAGAUAUCAAGAGGUGUAAAUUUUGCUGCAAAGGUCAAGCGACCUGACCUCACGAAUACUUAAAAGGUAUUAUACAGGAUUGCGAAGAAGGAUUAAAAAAAAGACCUUGUUGACUUUUAGUCUGAUAAUGAGUACAUGUUUACUCAAUGUAAAGUUCAUACUGGAACCAUUUGUUUGUAUGAAAUAUUUCCCUCUGAAAUUAAUGGAGUCAUAUUUGAGAAAACGCUAUCUGUAUACCUAAAAAAAAAAGCCAAGAACUGAAUUCGGUUGGUACAACCGAAAUUAAGACAAUGUUUAACAUGCUGAAAACUUUUCAUUUUUUCCCCCUAUUUUCUCCUGACUCACAUGAAGGAUUAAGGCCAUAUGGUUGGUCACAAAAAGCAUGAACACUGUCCCUGGCUACAGCUCUACCAAUCCUGUAUGGUACCUUUAACUUUGUUACUUAUUUAUAUAUCCACUGCAAACUUGUGUGACUUCAUGUAUACAAUUACUUGCCCUAAAGAAAUUAUUUUUUAGCAGGGAAUAGACCGAUCCAUUAAGCUUUGCCCCAUUGCGUUUUGACUAAUCACGCCCCAUUGCGUUUUGACCAAUCACAACCCAUUGCGCAACCAAACAUCCGACAAAUAAAGUCUGACAUGCUUGCACAUAUGCUUGCGUGCUCGGCAGAAUUGUGCAGAAUGGCGUUGGAGAGGCUCACACAUUCUUGCUCACACGUGCGCCGUGGGCGGAGCCUAAUGAAUAGGUCUAUUGUGCCUACAACUACAACUCAUACACACAUUUAUAAUAGUACAUCUUAAAUUCUGCACCUAGUUUUUUAAUAAGACGCACUUUCUGGGUGUUAGGCCAUUUUAAAAUAGCACUCAAGCCCAAACACAAGGGCAUUUUAUUAUCAAAGUAUAUUUUUGUCUAUGUUCGCUGUCCACAGCUUACAAUAAUAGGAAAGAGAAACUUUGACAUCUUAGAAAUGGUAACAUAAGGUUGAUACUGUGCAAUCCUGAAAAUGGAAGUGGAAAGAUAGACCCAUUGCGCAAGCGCUAUUGUUGAAUGAGGUGCUUGCUGGUCUAGCUUACCUAGCGAUCAAACUUCGCUAGCUAGACCAGCACGCACCACAUUUCAAGCCAAACGCGCGCAUACCAAAUAGUUGUGAAAAGUUUUAUGGGAACUGUCAAAACACCUCUGUGUUUGUGUACAAAAAAGUGGCUGAGUUUAUAGAUCACACUUCAAGGGAAAAACGAUCAAGACUUUGAAUAUGUAUUUACCAUUAUUAGUGAUUAUUAAACUGGAUGAAAAGUGAUUAGAUAAGCAAGAAUUUUGUUCACAUGUAUUUGCUCUGAAAUGAAAUAAUCAUGAUGAUAAUAGAGUUUGAUUCAAAACAAAAAAGCUUGAUGUUGCUUGAUAAUGCAUGAUUCAUGCUUGAGGGGUCAAAUAAGUCAAGGUCACCAGUGAUGGCUUAGGUCAAAACAGUUUCAAAACGAGAGGGUUAAAUUUAAUCAUCCAUUCAAGGAGUUGUUGCCCAAAUCAGGUUUUGGAUUGCUUAACAAUCACAAGGGUGGCUGGGAAAUAUCUGAAGGGGUUAGGGAUAAUGAGGGAGGAUUGGACAAAAUCAUUUAUAGGGAAGAAGUCAUAUUUUCUCUCCACACAGUAACUGAUUAUAUCCAACAGCAAUCCAGCCUAAACAUCUUAGUUGUAAGAAUUCAUAUGGGUAUUGUUAGAUUUUUAAAGAUAGUGUUAUUAAUAAGGGACAGAACAUUUAUCAUGUGUGUGUUAAUUUGUAUAUUGGAGAAGGAAUGUUGAAUAUUUGUGAUGGACUUUUGGCACUAUUUUUAUAUAGAAUCUGCAGCGUUGUUAAUGUUUUUCAUUUAAAUACCAUGAUGUUCAGUUUCGCGGUAUAGCUAUGUUUGUAAUGUUAGUCUUUAUUGACAUGCAAAAGACAGUCUGUAUUAAAGACAAUGACGAGGGUCAGUACAAGACAGCUUUAGAAAUUCAGAGUUUGGCAACAAACAAUUUGAAACUAUACAUCCUUUUCAGUGAAUGUAUGUGUGGGUAAAUUGUCUUUACUUGGGUCAUUAAACUUACUGGUUGAGCAGAAAAUCUCUCUUGGUCAGCUGGUCAGCAGUACUACUGGCUUGUGCAUGAUCCAAUUAAAUGAUUAGGGUCCAGUUUGAAAACAGAAUUACAUUGAGAUGACAGGUGUGAGUUGGUAAAGACAAAAAGGAUGUAUUAUUCCUGUCUCUUUCUUUAAUGGAGAUUUCCUGUAAUGUGAACUGAACAGUUUGUGGAAAUCUCUCCAGGAAAGAUGCAGUAUUGGUCAUUGGAAAUCUUUUACUCUGUAUUGUAUACAAUAUUGUGGCUCUGUAUCGAAAUUAAGAAUUUCUGAAAUCAAUUUUAAGAUGCUUCCCUACUCUUAGCUAAAAAAAAAAAAAGGUUAAACAAAUCUCAGUGACUAGUUUUCUUCACAUGAACUCUGUACACUUUGUGCCUGCAGGAAGCCAAGGGUUGAUGAUCAUUUGUAAACAUGUGAUAUGUCAAAUGUGAAAUUGUCAACAAAAAAUCGUAGAAUAGAAUUAAUCUGCAUGCUACAAUAUUAGUGGCGAUACUCUCCAUAAAUGAACAAGCAUUCUGUCAUAUCCUUGACAGAUGGUGGGAAUUAUACACCAGUUUUUUGUUGAGAAGACAUUGAAGAAAUGCCAUUUUUAGACAAGGGAGGAAGACCCCUACAUGGAAAACCCACGCAGUCAGUUAGGAACUAAACAACCCAAUCCACAUGCAAGGCCCCAGUUCGGCUAUCAUCGAACCGAGGUCAACAGAGGUGAAAGGCAGGGACAGACACCACUGAGCAAACCUGACUGCAUGCCCUGCAUGGUACUUUAACAUAAUGCAUAUGUAACAUUUCUGCUUAUUGUAUUGGUUUUUGGAGAGAGCAAACAAGGCGCCUGAGUGGAUCUAAUACAAAGAAAAAAAGCCAAAACUCAUGUAACACUUGUCUCUUAUUUUUUAACUAGAAUUUUAAAGAAAAUAUGAUUGUAGCUUUUAAAGUGUUGGUUGAAAUUAAGUAUUUUUUGUGUACAUACUUUUUAAUUUCUGAAAUGAAAAUAUUGACAAGUUCCUACAGUUUUUUAUAUAUUUUAUUUUGUUCAAUUGUAAUUAUUAUCAGCUGCCAAGUUCCUGUAUAUUUAAUUUUCUUUUGAUUUGCACAUAAUUAUGUGAUCGAGUUAAUCAAAUAUUGAAAUUUUUAAACAUUAUUAUUGUUGAAUCAUGUGCCCAAAAUUCACAUAAUUUGUUUGACAAGAUUUUCAGAUUCCUGUUAAGAGUGUUUACAAUUAUUGUGUAUAUAAGAAGAAAUGUAGAAGUUAUGUUGUAAAGUAAAAUCCAUAAUGCUUUGUGUGUUAUUGAAAUGCAAUAUUAAGUGUACUCUGUGACCUAUAUAUAGAAGUCGUUUGGAGUGAGUGAUGGUGACUUACUGUGUAAUGGGGGGGG